CAACGUUUCCGCAUUUGAUCUGUUUCCAUGACAACGAGUACUCGGUGAGAGCAGAGCGGCAGGAGAAGAAAAGGCAUUUGGCUCGUUGCAAGACAAGCAAACGUACCAGUCAUCUAGCGCCCACGUGUGGUGAAAAUCCUUUCUUACCUAUUUUACCUCGUUGAAGACGCGCAACUGUUUUGUUUUUCGGAGAUUCAUCAUGGCGAUGCAUACGAAGGCGACACCGCCGCAAAUUCCCGACACACGUCGAGAACUGUCGGAACUGGUCAAGAGGAAACAAGAACUUGCGGAGACAUUGGUGAACUUGGAAAGACAGAUCUAUGCAUUUGAGGGCAGCUACUUGGAAGACACCCAGAUGUAUGGGAAUAUCAUUAGAGGAUGGGACAGAUACCUCACCAACCAAAAAAAUUCUAACAGCAAGACAGACAGAAGAAACAGAAAGUUCAAGGAGGCAGAGCGUCUGUUCAGCAAGUCUUCAGUCACUUCUGUAGCAGCUGUCUGUGCACUUGGCGGGAUACCAGAUCACAUGAAUGAAAAGCGUGAGCCCGGCAGUGGGACAGAGAGCGACACAUCCCCAGACCUCCAGAACCAGGAGAACGAGCCCAGUCAGGAGGACACGGAGGACGCAGACGGGGCCUUGCAGGACCUCAAACCCCAGAAGGCUGCCUCGUCCUCCUCCGGAAGCCACCACGGGAGCCACAAGAAAAGGAAGAACAAAAACAGACACAGCCCUUCUGCCAUGUUUCAUUAUGACUUUGAAUUCGACAUGAAGGUGAACAAAAAACCAAGAGCGGACUAUUCAACUUGAUGAUGAAUGGGGCUGUUAAGCACUUCAGACCAGAACUGGUCACACAGGAGAAGUCUACAGUGAAGUAGAGAGUCACUUCUCUGGGCUUUGUGAACUUUAUAUGCCUUAUGUUAACUGACUUGGUUUCUGCUUUGUGUAUACUGCAUGAAAUGUUGACCCUCCCACCUGCUCCUGGAAAUAUUUGUGUUUCAUGAUUUUCCUGCAGAAAAGUACAAGGUGUGUUAUUGCAUGUUACUCAAUACCCAGCUGGGGUUAUUGUAUAGUGUGGAACAUUCUAUAUUUAUCAUGUAACUUCACAUUACUGCUCUUCUUGUGACAAAAAUAAUCAUUCUUUUUUUGUCCUUGUGUAGUUUUGUAGCUCUAGAAUAUCCCAGCUUCUGUUUUUUUUAAAUUUUAUUUUGAGAUUUGUUGAGCAUAAAAUUGUAAUAAAACAUUGAAAUGAUAAA